AUGUUUAUAUUGUGCGGAGGACUUGGUGCCAUCACCAGUGCUAUUUGGUAUCUUAUAGGAUGGAAAUCUGUAACGCAACUGCUUAUAGUAGCUGCAGUAGCUUUUUUAAUAACAGGACGUCGUUACAGAUGGUUUUAUGUAGCACUUUUUACUGUUAAAAGAGAUUUUAUUGGACUUACAAGAUUUCUUCGUUUAAAUUUCAAAAUUCGUUCAUAUUCGAAAAAAAAUGUGUCAAUUGUUGAUAUUUUUGUAAACAAUGCAAAAAACCAUCCUAAAAAACCAGCAAUUAUAUUUGAAAAAAGUGAAUGGACUUUUGAAGAUGUGGAUGAAUACAGCAACAAGAUUGCUAAUAUAUUUAAAGAACAAGGAUUUCGCAAGGGUGAUACUGUGGCCUUAUUUUUAGAAAAUUGUCCUGAAUUUGUUUGUAUUUGGCUUGGUCUUGCCAAAUUAGGUAUUAUAGUUCCUUUGAUAAAUACUAAUUUAAGAGAUCAAUCUCUUCUUCAUUCUAUUAAUGUGGCUGAGGCUCAAGCCAUUAUUUUCGGCAUCAAAGAUAUUUCUUCAUCGCUAAAUAGUUCAAUUACAUUGUUCAGACUGGGGGAUGGGAAAGAAAAAAGCAAAUCUAUUAAAGAAUUAAAUACACUUUUAAGUGAGGCAUCUUCUGAACCUCCUAUAACUUCUGAUAAAUUGAAUUACUCAGAUAAGCUUUUAUACAUUUAUACUUCAGGUACGACAGGGCUUCCUAAAGCCGCUGUUAUAACAGGAGCCAGUGCAAUGCAUUAUUUGGUUGAUUUUAAAGUAAAAGAUCGUUUUUAUACUCCCUUACCAUUAUAUCACACGGCAGGUGGAUGUGUGGUUAUUGGUCAAAUGAUUGUUUUUGGUAGUACGGUUGUCAUAAGAAAAAAAUUUUCUGCAUCUUCUUAUUUUUCGGAUUGUAAAAAUAACAAUUGUACGGUUGCUCAGUACAUUGGAGAAAUGUGUCGAUAUAUUCUUACGUCACCUCCAAAACCGGAAGACAAAACGCAUAAAAUACGUAUAAUAUUUGGUAAUGGUUUGAGGCCACAAAUAUGGAAAGAAUUUGUCGAACGGUUUAAUAUUCCAAAAGUUGCCGAAUUUUAUGGGGCGACAGAAGGAAAUGCAAAUAUCGUAAACAUUGAUAAUACAUUUGGUUCCAUCGGAUUCGUCUCAAGGAUUAUACCAUCAGUAUAUCCAAUAUCAAUUAUAAAAGCUGAUCCUUUUACUGGAGAACCCAUAAGAAACAGUAAAGGGUUUUGUAUCGAAUGCAAACCGAAUGAACCUGGAGUUUUUAUUGGGAAAAUAAUAAGGAAUGAUCCGUCGAGAGAAUUUUUGGGUUACGUCGAUAAAAAAGCAUCGGAAAAAAAAAUAGUUAGAAAUGUAUUUAAAAUGGGUGAUGCGGCAUUUUUAUCAGACAGAACCGGUGAUACAUUUAGAUGGAAAGGUGAAAACGUGUCAACAACGGAAGUCGAAGCCGUUGUCAGUACUUUAAUUAAUUUCAGAGACUGCGUAGUUUACGGAGUAGAAAUCGAAGGACAAGAAGGAAAAGUGGGAAUGGCUGCAAUAUUGGACGAAAAUAAAAAUAUAAAUUUAAACAAUCUUGCAGAUGGCGUAAUUAAAAAAUUACCCACAUACGCGAGACCUUACAUUGUUAGAAUAUUAGAAAAGGUUGAUAUGACGGGAACGUUUAAAUUAAAAAAAAUGGAUUUACAAAAAGAAGGUUUCGAUCCGAAGAAAAUUAAAAAUAAACUUUAUUAUUUAAACGAUGGAAAAUACCAGGAACUCACGUCAGAAGUUUACGAUUCAAUAUUAAAAGGGACUGUCAGGUUUUAA